AUGGAAUACUGGUACAGCAACUCCAAUCACCGGAAGAGAAACUCUGUGAGUGGUAAUGGCGGCAGCAAUAAUGGGAUUAACCUUGCUUCCACAGGCAACCUUUAUGUCUCACCCACUUCAAACCUAUCUCCAUCUUUUGAAAAUGCGUCUUAUCUGCCAAACCUUUCACAGCAACAGCAACAACAACAGCAGCAACAGCAACAGGCUCAUUAUUUGCAAGCAUCAACGAUAGGUGGAGUGGGAUCUGCAAUGUCAAGCAGAGUACCCCCUCAUUCACAUCUGCAUCAUCACCACCAUCUGCAUCUGCAACUGUUUUUGCAACAACUGCCGUAUAAUCAAAAGGGCGGAAUGCGACCACCAUCGCAACAUCCAAUGUAUCAACUGGGUAUGCCUCUGUUGCAACCUCCCACGCUGGCAAAUAGUAGCAGUGCUGGUAGUGUUAGUGGUAGUGGUAGUGGCGGCGGCAGCGGCAGCGGAGGUGCACCCAGCUCUCCUUUGCAGCAAAUGAUGGCUACUUCGCCUUCAAAUCAAACUGCCGUUUCAAUUGGCGGAGGCGUGCCACAAUCGAAUAAUGCAUACAGCACGAUUGGAGGAAAUGGGAGUGUCGGUGGCGAUAGAGUUGCCGGGUUUUCACCAGGUGUUGUUCCGACUCCUUCGACCACGCCAAUGGAGCGCAAUUCCUACUAUUUCAGUCAGUACCCACUAUUUGCAACCGAUUGGGUAUCUGUAAAUGGAACUGAGUGUAUAGCUUUGGGCUCAUACAAGGAAGGGUUCACAAACAAGCUUGAAAUUGUUUAUGGAUAUGAACAAAAUGACAACAUAUACUCUGCAACCACCCCUGUUUUGGACAAUUAUGCCAGUGCGGGGUAUUACGAUGAUGCUGAUCUGCACCGACACAAUCCAAAUGGUACAAGCAGUGGGGAUAAUGGAUUUUUGUUUCGCAAAGUUGCUGAUGUCAACUUGGAAUACCCUAUAACACACUUACAAUGGGACCCAUCCAUGCUUGGAGAUAACGGUAUUGGAAAACAGGGCGGAGGUAGUGAUGGUUUUAGCGCAACAAGGUUGGCUGCAUCUAGUGACUUAUUACGGCUUUACAAAGUAAAUGAAUCGAGCAAUGACAAUUUUCAAAUUAUACAAACUCAUACCCUUUCCAACAAUACAGUGUCAGCAGCAGCAGCUGGUACAGGGGCAGGAACAAAUGGCCAAACUCUUGGUGGGAAAGAUGCAGUUAAUACCGGGCCACCAGUUACUUCCUUUGAUUGGAAUAAAACAGACACCAACAUCCUUAUAACAUCAAGUGUUGAUACAACGUGUACAGUUUGGGAUCUCAACCGAUCGCACCCAUAUGACGAAUUAACUGACUCAGCAGUUAUAAAGACGCAGUUGAUUGCGCACGAUUCGGAGGUGUUUGAUGUUAAAUUUAUCCACAAAUCUACAAAUGUCUUUGCAUCAGUAGGGAAUGAUGGGUCAAUGAGAGUUUUUGACUUGCGGUCUUUGGAACACUCUACAAUUAUAUACGAGCCAAUUCCUACCCCUGUUUCAUCCCAUAACAAACCAGCUUCUAUAACAGGUAAUGCGGGUUUAUCGUCUUCAUUUCCUGGCCAGCUUCAUCUGGCAAAUUACAACUCCAAGGCAUUAUUAAGUUUAGCUACUAGUAAUAUUGAUCAGCAUCAUAUUGCUACCAUUGGCGUCAACUCGAAUCAGAUAAUUAUCAUAGACAUGCGGAUGCCAGGUUUGCCCAUGGCUAUAAUCGAUGCAUCACCUACGAUGCAUCGUGGUGGCUCUUUUCAGACACAGAGAUCUGCUUUUGGAGGUGCUGGUGCUAGUGCUGGUGCUAGUGGUUAUCGAGGACCCGCAGUCAAUUCAAUUGCAUGGCAUCCGACUUCAAAUUAUCUACUCAGCGGUGGCGAUGAUUGUCAAGCCUUGGUUUGGGAUAUCAAUAAUCUUCAUCUUGGUGGAAGCACUAGUGCUAGUGCUAGUGCUAGCGCUAGUUCAAGUUCAAGCUUGAACAAUGCUAACCCAAGUAACAAUGCUAAUGGCGGAAGUAGUGGGAAUGGAAGUGCAGGCAGUGGUCUUGGUAGUAAAGUUAUCGAUACUCCGGUACUUGCUUACGAAGAGGAUUUAGAAGUAAAUAACGUUUGUUGGAGACAAAAUGCUGGGGAUUAUAUGGGUGUUGUUAGUGGAAAAGGUUUCCAGGCGGUGCUGAUUUAA